CUGGGACUGGAUAGAUAUCUACAUAUUCAAUGAAUCCCACGGCAAGCAACAACUACAACGAGAUCCUCUUCCAGAUCUCCACAAAUCUCACAAAUGCCCUAAACACAUUCGGUCCCUCCUCGAGCCAAUAUCAGACCAUCCUGGAGACCCUCAAGAGCUGUCUCCGGGACAUGGAUGUUGAUAUUGAAGUUAAUGGGGAUGGGGACGCGCAGCAACAAGACAGGGAUAUGCAGGAUGAAUGCAAAUCCGGGGAUAUAGAUCCGGAUAUGCUAAGUCUGGCGAUGGGGUUUUUAAAGAUUGGGGGGGUAGUAUAAUGAUAUACCAGGACGUUUGUAUAGUAAUGUCUAUGCUCUACAGCGCUGUUUCUGAGAUGCCCUGAGAUAGUAAGUAAUGUGGGACAGGAGAUAGAUAUACGACUGCAUUCCCAGGUUU